AUGGAAGACAGCGCAACAGAGCAGACGACUGCCGUAGCCGCCAUCACCACAGAUCCAAUCUACCGCGGCACAAAGGUCAUACUCCGUCCCUACACGGUGUCAGACGCCGCGGAUAUACACAAGGCCGCAGACCACCCUCUCAUAGCCAAGUAUAUGCGCAACCUCUUCCCCAAUCCAUACACACUGGCCGACGCUGAGGGCUGGAUCAAAAUCGCUACGGCGCGCCUGCCCCUGCGCAACUUCGCCAUCUGCCAUGCGUCGGACGGCACUUAUGCAGGCGGCAUCGGGUUGAAGCCGCUUGGGGACGUGGAGUCGCGCACGAUGGAGAUCGGCUACUGGAUAGGCGUCGACCACUGGGGCGGUGGCCUCACGACGGAGGCGGUCGUGGCGUUCACUCGCUGGUCCUUUGAGAACAUCCCUGAGCUGCUGAGGCUCGAGGCUGGGGUAUUUGGAGACAAUAAUGCGAGUGCGAGGGUACUUGAGAAGGCUGGCUAUAAAUACGAGGGCGCUCGGCGGAAAGCUGGCUUCAAGAACGGAGAGGCGUUUGAUAUCAGGAUGUUUGGUAUGCUGAGGGAGGAGUGCCCUGGUCUUCAGGAUGUCGAGAAGACGACCAGAUAA